CAAACUUGAAUUGCAAGAAAUCUUCACACUGACAUGGAAUUAAUUUCCCCACCCAAGCGUAACUCAACAUACUUGCAAGUAGGGACUCUGAUGACAUUCGGUUACACAAACCAUUGAACAGUCGUGAUUGCUGCUGUAGAAGAACAAUGGGGAACGCCGAAUACUCCGUAAUUCCCAAAGGAUUCAAACUUGGAGUUGGAACAUCAGCUUAUCAGGUAGAAGGUGGCUGGAAUGAAGGAGGAAAAGGAGAAAGUAUUUGGGACCGUCUGAUCCACUCAAACCCUGAUGUCAUCCAAGCCACAUUCAACGGUGACGUGGCUUGCGACUCCUAUCACAAGUACGAGGAGGAUAUCCAAUCGGUGGCAAAUCUUGGAGUGGAUUUUUACAGAUUCUCAAUAUCUUGGUCCCGUAUUUUGCCCACUGGAUUUGUAAACAAAAUUAAUCCGGAAGGAGUUCAAUAUUACAACAAUUUGAUAAACGGAUUAAUCGCUCGCGGCAUCGAGCCGGCAGUGACCAUAUACAAUUGGGACCUACCACAACCCAUUCAAGAAUUGGGAGGAUUUCUUAGCGAACAAUUCGUCGAACACUACGUGGACUAUGCUCGCGUGUUGUUCGAAAACUUUGGCGACAGGGUAAAAACUUGGUUCACCUUCAGCGAUCCCCUGACCAUCUGUAGAGACGGAUACGGCGGUGGAGGUUUGCCACCGAGUAUCGAAUCUUCCGGUAUGGGGGAUUAUGUUAGCGGACAAAAUCUGCUCAAGGCCCAUGCCAAGGCUUAUCGAUUGUACCACGAAUGCUUCCGAAGCGAACAGAAAGGUCGCGUGUCGAUCAUUCUCCAGUUGCCCCGAUACCAGGGGGAUUCUUCGGAGGAAUCGGGACUGGUCGAAAAAUCACGACAGUUCACGUUCGGUUGGUUCGCUCAUCCGAUUUUUACCGAGGAGGGCGACUAUCCCCAGGUCAUGAAGAACGAUAUAGCGCAGAAGAGCGCCCAACAAGGAUUCCUCAGGAGUCGACUCCCUAAGUUGGACAGAUAUUGGGUGGAUUUGAUCAGGGGGAGUGCUGAUUUCAUUGCAGUAAACACUUCCACAGUCACGAUCGCUCCUUCGAAUCCGGACUCCGAUUAUGUUUCGUGGGAAAAUGAUAUCGGCGCGAGUCUCAGCGACGACAUAAAGGAAAAUUCAGUCGAUUUUAGAGACGUAUUUCGCUGGGUGAAGAAUGAGUACGGUGAUCGAGAGAUAAUUGUGGCAGAAUCUGGAUGGGCCGAAGGUGCAAACUCCGGUCUAGAAGAUCACGAGAGAAUUCGAUACAUUCAUCAGUAUUUGACAGAGUUAUUGAAGGCGAUCCAUAUCGACAACGUAAACAUCACCGGUUACACUUACUGGAGUUUGAUGGAUAAAUUCGAAUGGCGCGAGGGAUUCGAGGUGAGAAGUGGUUUGUAUCACGUGGAUUUCGAAGACCCGGCCAGACCUCGCACGAUGAAAAAAUCGGGAGACUACUUCCGCGAAUUAACUUCGAAACGCAGACUACCGGAAAAUGUGAAUUAAGAGCUCUUCGGUAAGGACAUCCUGCGCACCUUGAAAUAACAAAAGCUUCACUGGAUGUAGAAUUAAUUUGCGAAGUGAGGUAAGCGAACGGUCAUUCGUUUACGGAAUAAAUGAAGCAGUUGCUUUUGUUAGAAAUAAAA